AAGACACCAUAAAGUUUGGGCGAGCCAUUAUUUCAACAAAAUCAUCUCAGCUCCGAGCCGUUGUUCUCUUGGUGGCUGUAUCAAGUCGCGACAAUGGCUCAGACGGGGGUUCUCCUACUCACUGCUCCGUUAAAUCAUCUCCGUCAGCACAUCCAAGUCAUCCUCUCUAGUGCAGCUAAGAGCAUACGACGGGUCCUCUAUGUCCAGAUCCAACCCGGCCUGGACCUGGCAAAGACUGGUUCUUGCUUGCCGUUCCCAGUGUCGAGUGAGCUUGCCAGCUUCAUCACACAGGUGUACUCCUACUCUGGGAACUCUCACCAUUCUCUAGAUGUCAGGAUUCUUCUGAGUAAUAUCACAUGCAACUUGGCCAUCCCUUCCACAGUACCCAGCCGUCCCCAAAUCUUGAGCUCCUCCCCUCAGCUGGUGAUGACAGACAGUCUGCUGCCCUCAGAUCAGAUCCUAAGCCAUCUCUCCCAGUGGAUAGUCAUCCAGCGGGAACCAAGGGUAGAGAAACUCUUUACCACACCUGCCACGGAUGAAACAAGGUCUAACACAGCAGGAUCAACUGCAGGACCUACAGCGUCUAAAGGAACAGAGUCAGCAGCAGCAACAGGAUCAACGGCAGCAACGCAAGGUCAAGGAGACAGGGUCUUGAAGACAUACAGACAUGUUUGUCUCGGAGGGACCUUUGACAGGCUGCAUGCAGGACACAAGAUACUGCUGUCAGAUUCAGCGUUGAGAGCAACGGAAAAGAUCACAGUGGGUGUCACUGAUGGCCCCAUGCUUGAAAAUAAGACUUUGAUGGAGCUGAUCCUGCCUCUCGCAGAGCGCUUGGAAGGCGUCACUCAGUUCAUCCAGGACGUAAAGCCCUGCCUCCUGCACAGCGAAGCAGUCGUACCCAUCACUGAUCCGUUUGGACCAAGUAUUGUGGUUCCUGAUAUAGAUUGCAUCGUCGUCAGCGAGGAGACCAGGAAGGGAGGUGACAGCGUCAACAAGCGGAGGCUUGAAAAGAAUAUGACGGAGCUUUCUGUCCAUUCAAUAGACAUUGUACCUGAUCAGAACCAUGCUCAACAUGAGGAAGCUAAAGUCAGUUCAUCUUCCACAAGAGCUAGACUUCUGGGGAAGCUACUACAACCACCCAAGAUAGUAGGAGAGAAACCCACCCCUUACAUCAUCGGCCUGACAGGUGGAAUAGCCAGCGGGAAGUCAUCGGUAUGUAGAAGGCUUGAAGGGUUAGGUGCUGCUAUCAUAGACUGUGAUAAGCUAGGUCAUAGGGCGUACGAACCGGGCACGCUGGCACAUCAACAGAUCAUUGAAGAGUUUGGACAAGAUGUUCUUGGUGAAGAUGAGAGGAUAAACAGAGCAGUACUUGGACCCAAAGUGUUCUCUAAUCCAGCCAGACUGCAGGCCCUGAACAAGAUAGUCUGGCCCUCAAUCCAAAGGCUGGCUCAAUCCCAGAUUGAUGAAUACACUACACAAGGUAAAACAAUCUGCAUUCUAGAUGCUGCAGUUCUAUUAGAAGCUAACUGGGAUCAGUUCACCCAUGAAGUAUGGACAUGCAUUAUUCCAAAGAAAGAGGCAGUACAGCGCAUCAUGGAGAGAGACGGAUUAGUAGAGGAGAGAGCUCUACAGAGGAUUGAAUCCCAGAUGACCAACGAGGAGAGGGUUGCUAGGAGUAAUGUGGUUCUAUGUACUAAAUGGGAACCAGAAAUCACACAGAAACAGGUUGAGAAGGCGUGGUCUGGUCUCCAGGGGCGUCUCCAGAACAUUGGUAAACCUGAACAACCCAAGCUAUGAAAGGAGACUGUUAUCCAGCACCUGCAGUCUGAUCUAAGUUGAGAUGAUGGAAAGUUCUACAAAGUGAUUAUUCAGAUAAGACUGAAUCUGUAAUGUCUCAAAACCAAAGAUGCUGAGGGCCAGAAGGGCAUUAAUUCACUUGAAUUUAGGUAGGAUCAAACUUUAAAGAUAAAGUUGAGUUCUGGUCAUGCGAUUGCAUUGUGAAAGAAACGUUGUUGAAUCGAUCAGAAAGGGUUGAUCA